AUGCCAAUAUGUCAAGAGACCAAAUUGAAGCCUGCUAACGAGACCAUUAGAAUUUACAUGCCAGAGGAAGUGUUUGGCACUGAUCAUGAUACCUGGCUCUUGAGUGAAGGAAUUUUACAGUUUGCUUCGAUGGUUGAGAUUGGAUCCACAGUGAUUGCAAUAUACAUGAGGUACUUAUUUGACUAUUUAAAUAUGGUAAAUAUGGUAAACCUUGUUGGCCUCGUGGACCCUAGACAAGUCAGCUCUCAAUCUGGAACGUUAUCUCACCGUUCAAAACAUCUCUCAGAACGCCUGAAAAACGUAGAUGGGGAUCAAUUUUACUUGGUGCCUUAUAAUCCAGGGAGUCAUUGGGUGUUGAUAAUUGUGAGACCAGCUAAGGAGACUGUCUAUUAG